AUGUACAAAUUAUCUGAAAAUAAUCAUAAAAGUUUACUUGAGAAUCUGAAAAGAAGGGGGAUUAUUGAUGAUGAUGAUGUGUACAAUACUAUGUUACAGGUUGAUAGAGGAAAAUAUAUUAAAGAAAUACCCUACAUAGAUACUCCUGUUUAUAUUAGUCAUGGGGUAACCAUAUCUGCGCCUCAUAUGCAUGCUCUGUCCUUGAAAAGAUUAAUUAAUGUGUUAAAACCUGGAUCUAGGGCCAUUGAUGUUGGAUCGGGUUCAGGUUAUCUAACAGUCUGUAUGGCCAUAAAAAUGAACGUACUUGAAAAUAAAAAUUCUUAUGUUAUAGGAUUAGAACGUGUAAAAGAUUUAGUAAACUUUUCAUUAGAAAAUAUAAAAAGAGAUAAACCAGAAUUGUUAAAAAUUGAUAAUUUUAAAAUUAUUCAUAAAAAUAUUUAUCAAGUAAAUGAAGAAGAAAAAAAAGAAUUAGGAUUAUUCGAUGCCAUUCAUGUUGGAGCGUCAGCUAGCGAACUUCCUGAAAUUCUAGUGGACCUCCUAGCAGAAAACGGGAAAUUGAUUAUACCCAUAGAAGAAGAUUAUACACAAGUUUUAUAUGAAAUAACAAAAAAAAAUGGGAAAAUUAUAAAAGAUAGACUAUUUGAUGUUUGUUUUGUUUCCUUAAAAAAAAAUUAA